GAAUAAAGAAAAAAAGGGGGCAGCAAAGGAUAUUUGGAAUAGGGUUUUGGACUUGAAGGAGACUUUAAACUCUAUUAUGAACAUCGCAAUUGACUAAAUUUAUAAUUUCGUUUAGAAUCGCUUACCAUGCAGAUUUUCGUUAAGACCCUUACUGGCAAGACUAUCACUUUGGAAGUCGAGAGCUCCGACACCAUUGAUAAUGUCAAGCAAAAGAUUCAAGACAAGGAAGGUAUUCCUCCUGAUCAACAACGUCUUAUUUUCGCUGGUAAGCAACUCGAAGAUGGUCGUUCCUUGAGUGACUACAACAUCCAAAAGGAAUCUACUCUCCACUUGGUCCUCCGUCUUCGUGGUGGUAUUAUUGAACCCUCUCUUAAGGCUUUAGCUUCCAAGUAUAACUGUGACAAGAUGAUCUGUCGUAAGUGUUACGCCCGUCUUCCUCCUCGUGCUACUAACUGCCGUAAGAGAAAGUGUGGUCACUCUAACCAACUUCGUCCUAAGAAGAAGCUCAAAUAAAUUAUUCGAGCUUUAUUAUUUUAUUCUUUUUUUUUAUUAAUUUGAAUAAAAUGAUAGAAAAAAAAAUUUUUUUUCUUUAAUAAUGCCAC